CAACUUUUACCGUUAGUGUGCGUAGUCGGUCAUACUGUUUACUACAUUACCCAUUUUUCUCAAAUUUGGCAACAAAUUAUUCGAAUUUUUUUCGUUUAAAUUAAAAUGCGGAAGAAGAAGGUUUUCAAUUUACUACGCAUGACGCACUAAUUUUUAGUCCUAGUUUAUCGAUUUUUUCCUAUUCCUUAUCGAUAAAAAGAAAAUUGUGAUUCUUAUACAUUAGUGAUUUUCGGGAAACUCCGAAUAUGACUAACAAAUUGAGCGCACUUUGUGUACAGUUUAAACGAGUUAAUUCUGAAUGUGGACGUUAUAUAGUUUAAUGCGCUCAUUUAUGUGGGUGCAAUGUAAAUUUAAAACAUUAUUAUAAAUUGUACUUCGUAAUGUUUUGUGCGAUUAAAAUUAAAACAAACUGUAAAGAGGUGAAUUUUAUAACAAUUUGAUUAUCUACUGCCAAAUGGAUCUCACAGCAUGUCUUCCUUAGGAAUUAUGACCCUUAUACGGACUCCCUAUGAGCUCGACAAAAUGAGCCUAUUCCAAGAUCUAAAACUCAAAAGGCGGAAAAUUGACUCAAGGUGCAGCAGUGACGGCGAGUCGGUCGCCGACACUAGCACGUCAUCACCUGAUCAUACUAGUCUUCCUUCCCCCAAGAUGUCGGAUGUUGGAAUCAACCCACCAAGUCCAGAUUCUACACCGAAACAAAUCCAUCACCUGGAAUCAUCUUCUAGUAUUGCAUCAACUCACAUUGAAAUUUGCAGCGUCUUUGACGGAGGAGGAGUAGGCGUUAUUAGAGCAGCACCUACUGGUAGAUCGCAAAGUCCGCCGAUAAGAUCUGCUCGAUUAAAUAAUCCUUCACAACCACCAAGACCGCAUAGUUCGCCGGGUAGACCCACAAGUAGUAGUCCGAGUAUAGGAGAAAUCGACUCAUUAAUGUCCACCUCGAGCACAUGUUCCUCUCAUAGUUUACACCCUAGUCCAGCUCUCGAACCACCAUCUCCAUCUCAUAACAGCGUCGCAAUCAUAUCAACGCAACAAGGGACAAAUAUACAGAAUCAGUUGUGGCUACAGAAUUCGAGGAUAAACGGCGUUAAACCGGAAAUAAUAGGGGGAAAUUUCAAUAGCACUGCAAUACUUGGACAUUCUCCCGAAAGUAAAUCUUGCGCGGGGAAACGUUUAAAUUCAAACGUGGUACUUCGCCAAGCACCAACUGUGAUAAUGGGGGAAGCUGGUGGUGUACGUACUAUGGUCUGGUCUCAGCCGUCCGUCAAUGUUUCCCAAUCGUUAGAGCAAGCGCAAGCAUCGACGUUUAACUGGAAUACCAGUAAUAAUGGUAGUACUGUAAAUAUAGUGAACAAUAAUCCCGAAGAAACUGCCGCGCAAAUGUUACUUAAUUUAGGACAAGAGCGCCCCCGUGUAUCAACAAGUAAAACAACGACCGUUUUAAGGCCUCCAGCCACUACUCUCUCCGGACAGUUUACUACCAUACCGUUAAAUAUGGAAAAACUCUGGGCCGGAGAUCUUUCUCAGCUCCCCACAAAUCAACAGCUACAGGCGCUGAACUUAACCUCGCCAAACAUUACCUCCACACCACCCAUCUAUUUAAAUCCCCGAACCGACGUUAAGGUAACCGGAUACACGGUCGAACCGGGGCUCGACGCGCUGGAAGAUGACGAACAGCCAAUGAUCUGCAUGAUUUGUGAGGACAAAGCGACCGGAUUGCAUUAUGGAAUCAUCACAUGUGAAGGAUGUAAGGGUUUUUUUAAGAGAACCGUUCAAAAUAGGCGCGUUUAUACUUGCGUCGCAGAUGGGAAUUGCGAGAUCACGAAAGCCCAACGAAACAGAUGCCAGUACUGUCGAUUUAAAAAGUGUAUUGAACAAGGGAUGGUUUUACAAGCUGUAAGAGAAGAUCGAAUGCCGGGUGGGCGCAACAGCGGAGCUGUCUAUAACUUGUAUAAAGUUAAAUAUAAGAAGCACAAAAAGACCACCAACAAGCAAAUGCAGCAGAAGACGAACGAGAAAGCUUUAUUAUCGCCGCAACUCAAACUAGAACAACCCCCAAUCCCACCGCACCUAGUCAAUGGCACUAUACUGAAGACAGCAUUAACCAAUCCUAGUGAAGUGGUACAUUUAAGACAAAGAUUAGAUAGUACAGUUAGUAGUUCUCGAGAUAGAAACUUCUCCAUAGAGUAUACAUUAUCGAUGAUUCAAACCUUAAUAGACUGUGAUGAAUUUCAAGAUAUAGCUACUUUACAAAACGUAGAUGAUCUAUUAGAUCAUAAAUCGGACUUAAGUGAAAAAUUGUGUCAAAUAGGUGAUUCAAUUGUUUAUAAACUAGUGCAGUGGACCAAAAGGUUGCCUUUUUAUUUAGAACUUCCUGUGGAAGUACAUACGAGACUAUUAACGCAUAAGUGGCAUGAACUAUUAGUUCUAACUACAUCGGCGUUCCAAGCAAUACACGCGAAAAGUAAAGCAUCAGUCGAGCAGCUAACCAGCAUUCCUGAGCCAGAUUUCACUGAAGAGGUCAGCAACAACCUCUGCACUCUUCAAAGCUGUUUAACCUCCAUGAUGGGCAGGUCGAUAACAAUGGAUCAACUUCAGCAAGAUGUUGGUUUAAUGGUUGAAAAAAUUACCCAUGUUACUUUAAUGUUUAGACGUAUUAAGCUGAGCAUGGAAGAAUAUGUGUGCCUUAAAGUUAUAACAAUGUUAAAUCAAGGAAAGUCAGGAGUGAAUGCAAGCGGUGCUGAUUUAGAAAAUAUCCAGGAACGAUAUAUGACCUGUUUACGUGUUUAUACUCAACAUAUAUAUCCGGAGCAACCAUCAAGAUUUCAAGAAUUACUUAUUAGGUUACCAGAGGUUCAGUCUGCUGCAGCCCUCCUUUUGGAAAGCAAAAUGUUCUAUGUUCCUUUUCUACUUAAUUCAACAGUUCAAAGAUAGUAUGAAAAAUGUAGUCAAAAACGUGUAAUUAUUGUAAAUAGUCUUACUUGAACUUCUAUUAUUAAAAUUUGUACAAUUAUUUGGUAAUAAGUAAGUGGCCAGACAAAUUAUUUUGCCUCCUUUUUCCUGACUUAUUUUAAGGCGACUUUACACUCAUAACUCUAUUAUAGGCAUAAUUUCCAAGAUACUAUUGCCUGUAAUUAUUCGCCAAAUAUAGGCAACCACUGAUUGUAAACGGGCCAUAAACAGUAUAAAACAAUCAAGUGAUAGCUGUAUAAAAAUUGGUUUGGCCGCUUAUUUCUGUCGAAACUAAAAUUUGUAUAUCGUGCGGUCACUUUCAUCUUUAAUAGAAGAUUACAACACAUUCAAAACCGCAUAAGCGGGGUAUGUCUUUUUGCUAUUGAUUGUUGCAAUUUUAUUUCCAUUUAAUGUGCAUGUGAACAAUUUUAGAUGAAGAGUGACCUCGCAGUAUAUUUGUGUAUGUGUAUAUAAACCUUGACUUCUAGCACUCAUUUAUUUGUAUUUAAAAUUGAUCGCAGUUUCGUUUCAAAAGUAGAGAAUGAUAAAAUAUAACAUCGGCAUGCAUUAAUAAUGAUAAGGCUAAAUUUCGACAAUAUAUGUAAUCAUUAUCACUCGUCUCGAAUUUCGUGAUACUUACAAACUUAGGUACCUACACUACUUAUACCAACUAAAAUCUGAACCAAAUGAAAUUGCCAGUACCUGCGUAAGGUUUAAACUUAAAAAAUUUAGAAAACUAUAUUUAAUGUUGAAUUUUUAUCAAUUUUUGUUAAAGUGCACCAUUGUACAAUCUUAGCUGUGGCUAAUCGUUAUAUUGUAUUUUUUGAUAGUUGUUAUUGGUUUAUCCACUGCUAGUGUUCAACAUUUACUACAAUUAAAAUAAUGGAAUAAGUAGGUAUUGCCAAUGUUUUAUUCUAUUACAAUGUGUCAAUUUUGUUGUUAUAUAUGUACCUACCUAUAGAUCGAGUUCAGUGUUGGGUUGGCCAGAUAGACAUUUACUUUAAUAAAAGUUGUGUGUUUUAGAAUGUUCCAGUAUUGAAAACUCACUAUUAAAGUGCCUCAUUCCACUUUUACACGAGCAGUUAAAAAAUCAACUGCAAUAAGUGAUCUCUAUUACCGCACAAAUUUUGAUGGUAAAGCACUUUGUGUGCUUUAAUUUUUUAUGUAAUACAUGUUGAAUGUUUUCGGAAAUUUUUAAAAAAAUACCUACUUAUUUCUGGUAAUGUAUAGGUGUAGAAAAAUGUAAUAAAUGUGAUUCAAGUUUCUUAACGAUCUAGAAUUUUUAACCAAGUAUGAUGGGUGUUACUUUAUUCAUUUCAUCCACUUCCAAUUCAUGCAUUAACAAUAAAUUCUGAAUAAUAAUAAUGCAGCGAUGUAUUUAAAUGCUUUGUAUUCAACCUAUACCGAUUAGAAAUGUUUAAUUUGUUCAAUAAAUACGUACUUACUUUAAUAAAGCGUAAUUUGAACAAUCUUAAUGUUAAGAUCUCUGGAACUGAUAAUGAAACAAUAACAUAUUAUAUAAUAGGUACCGUAUGUAAGUGUUAUAUGUACUGCAUGCUUUGCAAUUAUAAGCAUUUGUACAGAAAUGCCCUCUGUAUUAUUUUGCAACUACAAAAAUUGUUGGGGAUAGUGCUAAAAGUCGGUUAAGUAUGUAUGUGUUUGUGUGUUUAUAUGCAAAUACAGAAAUAACACUGUAAGUAUAACGUUUCUUAAGUUACCUUUUGUUGUAACUUAUCAAAAUUUAGAAAACAUUAAUGCAGGUAAACUAUAGAUGAUCUGAUUUUUAUAAGUACACCUAAAUUCUACUGUGAUGAAAAACUUCAAAUUCUUAAAAUUAGCUCCGACACACGGAAAAGUAUUGUAUAGUUGUUGAAUUGACAUUUAUAUGUUUUAUAAGAGAAUAUUCCAAGUUAAUAUAAUUUUUUUAUUAUGUUGAUUUUUAUUAUAUUAUUAUGUGUGUACCUUCUAUCUUACCUAAAUUGGAUUAUUGCGUAUCUCACUUGUGGCAUUUUUUAUAUACUAAGAGCAUUCAAUCGCUUGUCUAAAUACACACAUGCUAAGUAUAAAUCCUUAAACUAGGAAAUAUUUUUAAGCGACCCAAAUUUGCAUUUUUGAGUUACGCGGAUUUAUACUGAUUUAUGGGACCAUAAGUAUGUUGCAUAAGAAUCUUAAUUUUAAACAUAUCACAUUUUAUAAUUUCCUUUAGCCACACUGCCAAUUUUUGCAAAAUACAAGGUGUGCACAUAUCGAUUAAUUUUUUAUUCUGUAGAUAGUUGCAUAUACCUAUAGAAUAGGGUAGCGUUUAGAUUUUUAUGUGCCUUAGUACAAAUUUUGCAUUGAAAAUGACUACAAAAUGUACAUUUAUGAAUAUGUAAUUGCGUUAUAUUUCAAUAGUGGUGUGUGAUAAUUGUUGCUUAUUUUUUAAAAUGUAGAUGGAAGUUAAUUGUUACAUGUAAAUAUGGACUGUGUUUGAGUUAAACUCGCUAUUCUGCAUUAUGUCAAUUCUUAUGAAAGGUAAGAUAUAAUUUUGUAACAUUGUCUUUUAGAAAGAUAAUUGAAAUAUGCAGAUUCAUUUAUACAUGUAAUGUAUACGCAUUAAAUCCAUAUAUCUAUGGGGAUGUCUAAUAUAACGCUUUAUCUUUUUAUUAACGUUCUGUGUGUACACUUGAUGUUAACAUGGUGUUCAAGAAAUAGGAUUAGUGUUUGGUCGCAAAAUAUAUUUUAUUUUGUAGUUUGGAUGUCCAAAUAGGUAUAAUUUUAAAUGUGCGAUAAACGGAUUACUUAGUAUCUAAGCUCAGUUUACCUGUAUUAACAUAAUUUUGAUAAGUUAUUCGAGUUACCAUUAAUUAGUUGUUCGAAGAACAUUUAUUCUAAGUACUAGAUAUUUUUGUAUUUUUUUCUGAAACAUUUAAGUCUGAGUGUGUUGCCUUCUGUCCAUACUAUAAGGGUCACACUAUAAACUUUUACUUGAAAGACUGUAGAAUUUUGAUCACUGCCAGCAUCAUAACAGUCAUACGGUUACAUUACCAAAUACCAUUAUUACUGCCAUUAAAUGCAACAUGUAUGUUACCAAAUAUCCAAAUAAGUAUUUUUUUCUAGUCUCCUUGUUUUGUUACUUAAAAAGUAAUUAUUUCCUCAGUAUUUCGUUUUUUAUAGCAUAUGUUUAAAUUGAUUUUGGAAAUUAAACAAAACGUUCAAAUUUGUUUAUUAACCAGAGCUGGGCAGAGUACAAGAAAAAGUAGUAAGAAAUUGAGUACACUACAAAAAAACUGCUGUAAAUUUUGAAAGUAAUUAAAUAAAAUGGUAGCAUAUUGUUUAACAACUGCAAGUUGUUGCAAUUUAAUGUAUUUGCUAAUUAAGUCAAAUGGAAUACUACAUUUUUGUAAAAAUUUCUACCUAGAAUGUUACAAUUGUGCGAUGUUUCA